UUUGGAACGGAGCGGUGGAUUGUUGAGGGGUUGACUUGGCUAGAUCGUAUUCUAUAUGACUCUAAGUCGGUUACGAGAACAGACCAUAUAGGCCAUUUCGCCAUACCACGUGACAUCUUCUGUUCAAUCACAAUGCUUCUAUUCAGAGAUUACUCCUUUUUACGAGCCUGUAAACCGUGGGAGCUCCAAAAGUGAGCCCUUCCUGUGAUCCGUUCUACACAGAUAUAAGCUAUGCUAUCGUGAACUUGUCUCGGUUGUUUUCUAGUUCUAAGGACGACAUGUUCCUCAAAACUCAGUUCCGAAGAGAUUUUCCUAUUCGACGGACUUCAAGUCAAAGGCACUAUGAACCUUUGAAAAUCGAUGAUUCAAUUCAAAAACACGAGCAAAUAAUUCACCAACGCAAAAACUCCGCUACCGCUAAAUCCGCCAACAUCAAUAGCCAUCAGUUCAAAUUUCAUCCAGCUAGUCUAAGUCAACAACAGAACCAUCAUGACAAAACAAGAGUCCAGGGAAUCGGAAGCUUUACUGAUAAACAAUCUUUCAAAGCGCCAGUUGGAUUUCAGAAGAAUAAUCUCACGUUACAAGACUCAGGAUAUUGUACAAUUAUUUGUACUGAUUGUGGCGAGAACCUACCAGAAUCUGUAUUAUCCAAAUUCGCUUCACCUCGCCGAACAAUAACUCAACAGCGCCAGAUGGAGUCAACUGCAAGUACUAAAACCAGCAUGGUAAAGAAACUACAGACCAAUUUCUCAAUCCCUCAACAAAAAGUUGCUGAAUUUCCCAACAUACUUUCCAAUACCAGCACUCCAAAAACUAGCGUCUUAACAAGGUGUAUUACUCAAAGUAGCACAAUUAGAAACCCAACUGAGGUUGUUCCUUCCUCACCCUUUGAAGAAGUUACCGUCAGAAAUAAAGACGCGCUCAAUUUGAAGGGCCAUCAGAACUCGCAUCGUCACGAAAUAAGCAAAUUUCCGAGAAGAAACGCUUUACCAGAUAGGAUAAAAACAACAUCUCCAGGUUGCAGCGCGCAUGAUUAUUCUGGUUCAUUGUGCCAGUCUUUUAUAUCAGAUUCUUCAAAUGGUUCAAAAAUCUGUGUGUACGAUCAGUUUUCUCGAACCACAAACAGUAAGGAUAUUACUAAGUUACAAAUUAAAACCAGAAAAGAAAUAUCAUCUACUGAAACCAAUUUCAACAGGGAUGUGAAUAGUGGCAUUGUUUGUAAUGAAAAACUUAUAAACGCACUUCCCCAACAAGAUCUUAGUUUGAAUGUUUCCCAGACUAACAAUAUGUUUGUAAAACAAUUUCAAGAACAACUGAUGUUCAAUGAAACCCUAAAGGAGAACUAUGUCAACAAGGUCCUCAGGCGUCAGAAUAUUGAGGAAACGAAAUAUAUACGUAAACCAGUAGUUGAACCCUCGUUGAUAAAACACGAGGCUACAACAAACGAUAACGAUAAAAAUGCGAAAAUCUUGAAUAAUGUACAUUUGGAUAAAGAUAUAUCACGUACAUUCAGAGAUUUAUUGCUUUCCCCUAAGAACAGUUUACUUACACACAAGCAGUCUUCUAGUGUUCGACGGUGGUUAAAUGAUAUCCGAUUACACACAGAAACAGAGUCCUUAAGUGCUUUGCAAAGUAACUGCUUGACCCGUGAUCCUGAUAUGCUGGGAGCGCUAGUUGUCUGUAAAUCGUUGAACGCCAUAGCUACACUGCAGGACAGGAUCGGGGUAUUCAUGGCAGAUUUUACUCAUGUCAUGAAAAAUGUCAACAGGGGUCAGUGGGAGAAAUUCAGAUCCAAUGCCAUCCAAAUGUGUAGCGACGUCCGUAGUUUACUUCAAAAUAGCGAAAAUUACACUCUAAAUACGGAACCUGACGUUAUCAAGAUUCAGAGUCAACUUUGGAAGGCUUGUGGCCAAUUGGAAACACAUUGCAAAGCUUUUGUUCACAGUGAUUUUGAAAAUGAAAAGACAAAUCUCACAGAACAAGUCUUGAAAUGUCUAAAGAAGAUAGGGGAAUCUUUUGAGCGAUUCACAGACAUUCUUUACCUGAAAGAAUUAAAGAUCGUUGUAGAGGGCGUUGAAGAAAGCAAAAACAAUUUCUGUGUCAAGAAAUCAAUUGCAGCGUUUAUCAGUUUGGGUCAGAUUGGAGAGCAUAUGUGCGAGCGCAUAGUAAAAGUUGGUGGAGUUAGAGCUUUAGUUACAUUGUGUGUGGAGCGAAAGUGGCGCCAUCUUCAAAUAGCCGCUCUUCGUGCGUUGACAAUCUUAUGCUGUGUUCCUUCUGCAGUUCAACAGAUGGAGGAGGCCAAAGGAAUUAAAAUUAUCACCAACAUCCUUUGUGACAACUUUUUAAGCCUUCAACUACAAGGUGAAGUGGCUGGAUUAAUAGCUCAAAUAACUUCUCCCUGGAUGGUCAGCAGUAUUUCAAACUUAUCUGGCAUUGUUAAGAAUAUGGAAAGACUUGUAUACUCUUUAACAGAAUUAGCUUCAAAGGCAACUACCAGAGAAAUCAUUCUACUGGCUACUGCAGCACUUGCUAAUUUAUCAUUACUUCAUACUUCAGCAUGUACUGGGUUGAGAAAGUACAAAUCUUUAAAAGUCCUUGUUUCAGCCUGUUACCAUGGUGAUGUGCAUGACUCAGUUUUUGUUAAAGAUCAGGUAGCAACAGUAAUGGCCACCAUGGCGGCAUCCUGUGAUUGUCAUCACCAGAUGAUCAGUAGUGGAGGGAUAGAAUUACUUGUUAAUUUCCUUGAAAUUCAACCAUCUAAAUUCCAAAGUCAAGCUGAGGUAGCAGCAUGUGAGAGGGUAAAACAGAAGGCUGUUAUAGCUCUUUCUCACCUUUGCAUGGAUUUAGAGAUUACUGCUAAAAUUGCACAAAUCCAAGGACUGCAACUAGUUUCAUCAUGCAAAAAUGAGGAGAGAAAUCAUGCCUAUUCUGCUUUAGUUCAUUGUGAGGAAGCUCUGAAACAAAUUGGAACAGUUUGUGAUACAAAAGUUUUGGGCAAGUUAGGAACAACACUCGAAGAAAACCUCAAACGUUCAAUCCUAAGAUAUUCUUCUAAGCAAACAUUUUUUAUUUAAAUCACAUAAUAAUGUUAA